UUUUGCUUCCCGCCCGCCGGCUUGACGGUUUGCUUUUGGCACGUGCAAUUUAUUAGUUUUACAAAAAAAGAAAACUUUCAAUUUCCAAAACAGUUGAAUACUGAUGGUGGCAGUGGGAUAAAUUGUUCCGAUUAACCGUGCGUGAUGUCGUCUCCAAUUCGUUGUCGCGGCUCAUGGAAAAUACAAAAACGAGCGUCUGAUCCAGACAGAUGGCUUGACGAGAUGGGCUUCUUUCGUAAACACACCGCUAGGGACUCGAGUUGCCUUUUCAGAGCGGUGUCUGAGAGCGUGUAUAACAGCCAGCGAUACUUUCACAAGGUUCGACUGGAAUGCGUGCGUUUCAUGGCUGCUAAUAGACACCUCAUCGAAGGGUCGUUGAAUUGCCCAUUUGAGACUUAUUUGAAAGAGAUGUCGAACCCGUCGGAGUCUGGAGGUCUCAUUGAGAUCUCGGCCAUGAGCCACUUGUAUAGACGCGACUUUGUAAUAUUUGAGGCUAAUAAAGGUCCACAAAUAAAAAUAACUAAUGGCUACAAUAAAACAAUUUAUUUGUAUUACUCAAUUGAAAUGAAACAUUUUGAUGUGAUUUAUACCAAAGAUUUCAUUAACAAUUCUUCAUUUUGUCAAUCAUUAGUAUAUGAAAUUCUAUAUAGUGGUGUAUACCAGCUGCAAGAUCUAGCUUAUGCAGUCGACAAAAUGCUCCAUGACAAAACCCCGAUGAACCACAUUGAGUAUUUCAUGUCGGAGAAUGUAGAACGCAGACGUAAGCAAAAAGAGAGGGCUAAAAUUUAUAUUGAAGCCGAUGUCGAUGAGAAAGAUAAUAACAACAACACUCUCUCAUUAAAAUGCAAGCAUCAUACAAAGGAUGCAGAACAAGCAGGUUUAUUAAAGGAUUCACUAAGCAUAUUUGUUUUUAAUCGAAGUCUCAUACAGUUGGAGAAUGUUUGCCUAAACUGUUUGAACAUAAAUAGUGCUAAAGAUCUCUUUGACAAUGGAAUAACACCCUUUCCUUACAAAGUUGCCAAGGCAUUAGAUCCUGAUAUCUAUAGGAAUAUUGAGUUUGAUGUUUGGAGCGAGAUGAGAAGAGAGUUACGUUAUGGUCCUAGAUAUUCUGAUGGAACAACUCUACAAGUUGGAGUUAAGUGCUUAUGUAAAUUGGAAUCCGAACAGCCUGUUCCCUUCCACUGUCACAUCCAAGAAAUGAGACCUGAUGGUGGCCCGUGCCUUGUCUUCAUUGAAGAAUUGGGGGAAAAGAGACUAGUAAAUUAUGAGCAACUAGAGCCCCUGCCUUUGGAGCAAGUUAGACCAUGGGCUCCUCCAUACAGAUAUUGCCGGGCCAACUCUCAAUUGAUGAACAUAAGCCAAAUGUUGCAGCAAAUAGGCAACAUGAAACGAAAAAAUGGCAUCGGUAAGCCAAGGAAGUCUAAAGAUGAUGUCAAAAGCCCUGAUAAAGGUUCCAAAUCUCCCAAAAUCUGGACUGUGACAGAGGAAACGGACAUUACUGAAUAUCUGAAAACAAGCCAUACUCCAUAUAUGGAUUAUUACAGUGUUCAACCUAUACCUGUCGAAGUACAAGCAUAUCCGCUAAUGGUGGACUGCAGGCCGGGAGCGGGCGCUCCGCCUCACGAGCUCCCGCACCCUGCUCCGAACGGUGCUCCUCCUGACAAUCACCACAACCAGCAACAACAGCCACCGCAGCAACCACAGCAACAGGCAGGGGGCAGCGGGGACAUGGGAACUCACAACGUCAGCUCUCCGGCCAUCAGGGUGUCCACACCUGCUACCAAUACUACUGCUCUUGCUACUUAUGCGGGCGGCAUGGGCACGGGCGGGUACGGCAUGUGCGCGCCCUACAUGUGCGGCGUGAAGCCCGUCAUGUGGUCCCCAGCGCCCCCCGCCGCCGCCGCGCCCCUUGCGCCCCCCGGACCUCUCGCCCCCCUGGCGCCUCCGCCGCCGCCCCUCAAUCCGCACGUCUACAAGAGCGUGCAGCCCAAUGGAUCUGAUUUGCCUAUGAACGAUAUCCCGACGUUGCGUUACUACUACAACCUGGGCGUGGAGUGCAUGUGGGCCGCCUACGGGCCGCCGCCCCCGCCGCCGCCGCGACACUACUCGCCGCGAGACCUCGCCCACGAUAUGCAGCAAAUGUCGAUGCACGACCGGGGAAUGAACCACAACGCUGACCAGAACCACAAGCACAAGGGCGGCCAGGGCAACGACAAGCCCCCCAUGAACAACCAGGGCAAGGGAAACGGACAGAGACCACUGCUCGGCCCGAGAUUCAAGCGCGGCGGUAACAAUCACGAUGGUAAUCAGAACUCGAACCAUCAGAACAAGGGCCACAACAACAAUAUGGGCAAGGGACCCAACAAUCGGCGCAAUUCUCAAGCCGAAGUCCGCGGUCCGACCUACAGCGAGGAGUGCGGCUCGCCCCUCCCCUACUCCGCGCUGCCCCUCCCGUACCCCGCCCCGGCUCUCUACCCGCUGCACUACUACCCCGUCGAACAUGAUCCCGCCAUGAUGGGAAUGAUGGGAGUCGGCUACAUGGGCUACGAGGAGACGGUGGAGUACUCCGGGAUGCCGUACUACCAGCCGCCCUACCCGCACCCGCCGCCGCCCCCCCACAUGGAGCACAAGUAGGCCCCCCCUACUAGCUGCUCCACAUCAACAGCCACUGUCUGGUGAAGAAUAAAGUGCUGUUAGUUUUUUUUAAAGAAGUUACAACACUGUCCAGUGUGCUUAGUGCAAGUUUUUUAACGUUCUCGAUAGCGUUAAAGUU